AUGUCCGUGCCAGAAAGCAGCCAUGAUGCCUCGACUGAUAGCGGCGACGAAGAUUUCAAAGACCCUCCUGAGAGAAUCGAGGACCCCAAUCAAGAGGAAAACAAUGCAGAAUGGGCACAGAAGGAAACAGAGGGAGAGACCUCCUCGCCUCGCGUGCAUUUCCGGUCAAGCGCAGCUGCAAUGCAGAAUGUUCCUCGUCAGGAAACCACAGAUCCUCCCGGUUCCGAAUGGGCUCAAUCACAGCGCGAGGACCAGCCUCACCGUCCAACAGCACCCUACACUCACGAGUCCGAAGACACACCCAUGGAAGGGCAAGACCCGGAGCCCAAUCAGUCAGAAGGCAUCGCACCCGAUGAGAAGGCGCCUCGCAGCCCUACCGCUAAUCCCAGCACGAAAGACCGACUUCGUUCCAUGAGUGAUACUCUUCGAAGGAAAUUAUCUCGGGCCGCCCGACAAGCGGGGGGGGAUGAUUUGGGAUCAGGUACAUACCAUGCGGACUGGGCAUCGGGGGGCGAGCCACCGGUCUCGGAUUUCACUGAUAAUAAGCACAAGACGCACGAAGAGAAACGGGAACAGAAUCAAACGAGCAGCAACGAAGCACACCGGCUCGUCCGAGACUUGACCCAAGACCACUCAUCCCGGCGCCGCAAGACCCGUGGCAGGCCAUAUCCACAUGCCGGGACGGAGUUUGUCGGGGACGAAGGGGAAUCAAGUCAGGAAUCGGGUCUGCGGUAUCGCUCUGGCGGCGGUGGCGUCCUGUCCCAGCUGAUGAAACUGAAAGGUACCCAGCAGCCAGCCGGGUCGACUUCAAGAUCGUCGAGUCGGUCCUCGGUGGACUCCGGUACAUCGUCAUCGACCGAGUCUGGAUCGACGAAAUCCAAGAAAGGGACGCCCAAAUGGUACAAGAGAGAUCCAAACACCUCGACCUCCACUUUGAUAGGCGCCCCGGGGGGCGGGUUGAGUGGCACGAGCACGCCGCUCUCGAGCGAGGUAAUGUCGGCCGCAUCGAACCGACGAGGCAAGCAAUCUGACCGGAAGAUGCGACAAGAAGACGAAAUCCGAGUGACCGUCCAUAUCGCCGAAAUCAUCUGUCGGGAACGGUAUAUCAUCAUGCUCUGCCAGGCCCUCAUGGCAUUCGGGGCGCCCACCCAUCGCCUGGAGGAGUACAUGCAAAUGACGGCCAAGGUCCUGGAAGUCGACAGUCAGUUCCUCUAUCUACCGGGCUGCAUGAUCAUGUCCUUUGACGAUCCGUCUACUCGGACGACCGAUGUGAAGUUGGUCCGGGUGGGACAGAGCGUCGAUCUCGCUCGGUUAGCUGAUACCCACCUGAUCUAUAAGAACGUUAUCCACGACGUGAUUGGCAUCGAGGAAGCGGUCCAAGAGCUGGAGAGCGUGAUGAAGAAAAAGCCUCGUUACAACAAGACGAUCGUGGUGUUGGUAUAUGGGUUGGCGACCGCCACGGUAGGGCCUUUCGCUUUCAACGCUCGACCCAUUGAUAUGCCGAUCAUCUUCCUCAACGGGCUCCUUGUGGGACUCAUGCAGCAUGUUGCUGCGCCCAAAUCCGUACUGUACUCGAAUGUCUUCGAAGUGACCUCGACUGUUCUUACCUCCUUCCUGGCCCGGGCGUUCGGGAGCAUCCCGAGGGUGGUCGUGGAUGGGAAGCGGCAAUACUUGUUCUGCUUCUCUGCGAUAUCGCAAGCGUCGAUUGCGCUGAUCCUGCCGGGCUUUUUAGUUCUCUGUAGCAGUCUGGAGUUACAGUCACACCAGAUCAUCGCUGGCUCCAUCCGCAUGGUGUAUGCGAUCAUCUUCUCGUUGUUUCUUGGAUAUGGGAUCACUGUCGGGACCACGAUCUACGGGCUGAUCGAUGCGGGCGCUGUCUCCGAUAUCUCUUGCCCCAAGCAAGGCGCAUUUAGCAACCCUUACGUGGCGCGGUUCCCCUUUGUGGCCAUCCAGACGGUAUGGCUCUUGAUCAUCAAUCAAGGGAAAUGGCGGCAACUGCCGCCGAUGACCGUCAUUGCCAUGUCUGGAUAUAUCACCAACUAUUUCAGCACCAAGCGGCUGGGCUCCAAUUCGCAAGUGGCCAACACCGUCGGCGCGUUUACGAUUGGCAUCAUGGGGAAUCUGUACAGCCGACUGUGGCACGGCCAUGCGGCGACGGCUAUUUUACCCGGCAUCUUCAUCCUCGUCCCAUCUGGGCUGGCUGCAUCGGGCUCGUUGAUCUCGGGCGUGCAAUCUGCAGAUGCCAUCCGCAAAAACAUCUCAUCUCAUUCGUCAUCCAGUAGCUCACCCGGCGCGGGGCUAUCGGGGGGCAGCUCCAUCUUUAGCCUGGGCUUUGGGAUGAUCCAAGUGGCCAUUGGCAUUACGAUUGGUCUUUUUAUCGCAGCGCUUAUUGUUUACCCUUACGGGAAACGCAGGAGUGGGCUGUUUAGCUUUUGA